AUGACGAAGGCAGCAUUCGCCCCCUUCCAGAAUGUUACUGCUUCUACGCAAGCCGUUACCACUACCCUCCCACUCGCGGCCAACAUCAUUAACGAACCAACAUUCUUAACCACUAGUUAUAUGCCAUAUACUAGCACCAUCUCUGUGGUUGAAAAAUGUCACCUCGCUGGGAAGGAAGUAACAAUGCAAGGCAAGGAAAUCACCUCAGACGUUAUUUCCAAGCCCCUCGUGGAUAGUGAGCCUAACUGCUCAGUUGCAAAUACUGUCACAGUCACUAUCACUGAGAUACUCUUCCGUACGACGGUGCUCUCCAUGCCAACCCUUUCAGGUACUAAACAACCAACCCUGGUCACUUCCACAGCUACAGAGCCAAGUCCCACAGUUGGAUCCAUCAUAAGUAUUCCAAGCUCAAUUAAAGUUCUAACAACAAAGUCUGCUACGGCAUUUCCUUCAAUUGGGCUUGGUCCUGGCGGAUGGAAUGCUUCGACCAUUGCAACACCAUCGACAGGCGAAGCCAUCAAAGCUGGAAUGAUCGAAUACGAAAUGCAACACUCAGCCAAACCUUCUACCUUAUCAAUGCGAUCACAAGCGCAUGAAGGCUCAGUUGGAGAUACGGUGAUCGCAACGACAAAGGGCAACGUAGUGUCAUGGAAGGGAGAGCGGAAUGAAAAACAACCAUUUCCGUUUAUAUCUAUCAAAUCCAUAGCACCCAUUCAAAUUUCAGGUAUGCAUAUUUUUAUGGCUACUGGCAGCCUUCAUAUUCCAGGUACUAUUGAUGAAUAUUCAUUUGAUGAUCUUCCGGUGUACUCACCUGGCAAAAACAAAACAACCGCGUUCCCGCCCAUCUUCAGCCCAUACCACCACUUUUUCUUCUCUAGUGGUUGGUCGUACGGACCCCCUCCGACGGAACCAUUUACUCCAGUGUCGAAUCCGCACAUUGGUAUACAUGUUCCAACAAAACGGGAGGGUGAGAAACCUCAAUCCAAGGGGGAAUUUGGAGGAGGACCCCGCGCCUCUCAAAAACUGUUUUGGUUCGAUGCCUUCAGUGCUCAAGUGGGCUGCAAUACUGGGAACACCUCGCGUGCCUGCGAGUUAACUGUACAGGGGUUAAAGUACUCUGCAGAAUCCGGUACUGAAAUCCGUGCUGGAGUUAGCAGAUUCACGAUUCCUCCCUGCCGCGAACCGAAACACUGUAUCCUAACCGAAGUCCUCUUUGGGGAUGGCUUCAGCGGGUUAUCUGGAAUUGAGAUUGAAGCGCAGAUGGAUGGCAGAGCCACUAUGUGGUAUAUUGAUGAUAUCCUGCUUAAAUGGCACGAUGAUACCUGUGCUUCUGGGAUUGAACGCCAACGUUCGCGCUUCUAA